AUGCAAGGUGUCCAGGUGAAGGAGUCUACUUUUGACGUUGAGAUGAAACUAUAUGGUAAUGGUCCAUGGAGCAUUGGCCCAGAGUUUGAUCUUAUUCACACUCCUGGCCACACUGAAGGUUCAGUCUGUCUGUAUUACAAGCCACUGAAGGUUCUCUUCACUGGCGAUCAUUUUGCAAAAUAUGGAGAUUCUGAAUUUAGCAUAUUUGAGCAAUUUAACAGGGUUUCAGUUAAUAUGCAGCUUGAUAGUUUGAGAAAGUUGGUAGACUUGGACUUUAAAUGGAUUCUACCUGGUGAAGACAUUAGGAAACUAGAAUAA